CUUUCCUUGUGUAGGAGCAGGAUGGCAAUCCUUGACUCUUCACAUUUUUCACGUCUUGAAAUGUCUUCCUUCCCUUCUCUCUUCCCUUCGUCGUCUGCUUUUCGCUUUUCGCUUUCACUUCAAAGCUGGCUUAUCCUUUCUUCUUUUGUCCUCGUUUUCUUCUUGCUUCGAGCGUCGCUGUGUCGCCAAUGGAGACGACUUCGUUCGGGUCUUCCACUCCCUCCUGGGCCAAAAGGAUUCCCGGUCAUUGGCAACCUUCUCGAUGUACCUACUGAGUUCCCAUACUUGGUGUAUAACGACUGGGCAAGCAAGUAUGGUGAUGUCAUAUAUUUCGAGGCUCUAGGUCAACCAAUGCUCGUUCUCAACUCCCACUCCGCCGUCCUCGACCUCUAUGAGAAAAGGGCUCCCACAUUCUCCGACCGCCCCGUCAACCCUGCCUUCGAGAUCAUGAACUAUAACUGGAUGUUCAGCACAAUGAGUUACAAUCCCUGGUGGAGGCUCCACCGCCGCACCUUUCAUCAAUUCUUCCACCAGCGCGAAAUCCAAAAAUACCGGCCUAUCCUCCAGCAAGAAGCUCUCGUCUUCCUUCGCCGAUUGUCGGCGAACCCGAAGUCGUUCUUGCAAGAUACUCGAUGGUUCUUCGGCUCAGUGAUUAUUUGGAUCUCGUAUGGCGUCAACGACCCCGAGUACAACAAAUCCCUCAUUGAGAAGGCGGAAGUGAUGAUCAAAGGUUUCUCGGAAGCUGCACUUCCGGGCCAGUUCCUCGUCAACGUCUUCCCUAGUCUCUCGUACGUUCCCACAUGGUUCCCCGGUACUGGUUGGAAGAAGAGGCUACUGCAUCUGGCCGAGGAAACCACCAAUGCUUUGGUUGACACUUGGAAUGAUGCGAAGGAGAGAGUGAGGAACGGCUACCAGAGCGAGUAUCCUAAUGUCGCUACUGGACUUAUUCAAAGUCUCCCGGAUGAGGAUCAUCCUGAGUAUGCUGAUAAGGAGAUCGUCGCAAGGAAUACAUCCGUCAUCUCGUAUGCUGCUGGCGCCGAUACUACUGUGAGCUCCGCCCAUGCAUUGUUUUUGGCACUGGCAAUGAACCCUCAAGUCCAACUUCGAGCACAAGAAGAGAUCGACGCCGUCGUUGGUACCGACCGUCUACCUACUCCUGAUGAUGUUGCGAGACUUCCGUAUAUCCAAGCCAUUGUGAAAGAACUCACUCGAUGGCAUACUGUCGCCCCACUCGGAGUUCCUCGAAUUUCGCGAGAAGACGCUGAGUAUCGUGGAUAUUUCAUUCCUAAAGGAACCAUUUUAUUUGCGAAUACGUGGGCCAUUAUGCACAAUCCUGAAGUGUUCGAAAACCCUAUGGAGUUCAAUCCAGAGCGGUAUCUGAAAGACGGCAAGAUUAACCCCAAUGUGCUGGAUCCCGAAGCUGCCGCGUUUGGAUAUGGUCGCAGGAUAUGUCCCGGAAGGUAUCUUAGCAACGAAGCGCUGGGCUACUUUGCCGCGAGCUUGCUGUCCGUAUUCGACGUUCAGCCGCCUAAGGAUGAAUUCGGAAACCGUGUUCAAUUGAGCUUGACAAUCGCAUCCCCGAAGGAGCUUAUGGCGUGA